GCUAGAAUAAAAUUAAAAUAAACAAGAAUUCGUUUCUUUUUGUAAUUCCAUUGUGAUUCGGGAAUAUAAUAGGUCGAAUACGGGGGCUCUUCGUCUAAUCCAUUUUGUUUCUUUCACUUUUCCUCCCACUUCAAUUUUUCUUUUCCCUUUAUAAUUGGCAUUCGUUUAUCUGUUUUAAUAUUACAACCAUUUAUUUCUUAUAAAAAAAUUACAAUGGGCUUUUUUGACAAGUUCAGAGGUGUCCGGUACUACAGCCCAAUGACGCAAAUUGUUCUGGUUGGGUUUGUGUGUUUCCUGUGUCCGGGCAUGUUCAACGCGCUCAACGGCAUGGGCGGCGGCGGACAGAUGGACCGCACAACAGGCAACAACGCCAACACAGCGCUCUACUGCACGUUUAUUGUUUUUGGGAUUCUUGGCGGCUCAAUCGUCAAUCUCUGCGGCGUGCGCUGGACCAUCGCUGCAUCAGGCUUAACCUACGCGCUGUACUCCGGGUCGUACAUCUACCUGAACCACACGGGGAACGGUGCCUUCACAAUUGCGGCUGGCGCGAUUCUGGGUAUAGGCGCUGGGAUUUUGUGGGCGGCGCAGGGCAUGAUCAUGGUGUCGUAUCCGCGAGAGGAGGAGAAGGGCAGGUACAUUGCCAUUUUCUGGAUAAUAUUUAAUCUAGGCGGCAUGCUGGGCGGAAUUCUUCCAUUUGCGAUCAACUACCAUAGCGCUAAGGACUCGUUGUCAGACGGCGUGUACAUUGCAUUUGUCGUGCUCGAAUGCCUCGGCGCCCUGUUAGGCCUGGCACUGGCUCCACCAUCCAAGGUUGUGCGCGACGACGGAGCAUCCGUCGUGCUGGUCAAGUACACGAGUGCGGGCAAAGAGGCUGCUGAGAUUGCCAAGCUUUUUCUCAACCCGUUGAUGCUCGCAUUGCUGCCCAUGUGCUUUACGUCGAAUUUCUUUUACUCGUACCAGUUCGGCCCUGUCAACGCGUCCAUUUUCAAUAUCCGCACGCGUGGGUUCAACAAUAUCUUUUACUGGGGCGCGCAAAUGGUCGGUGCCUACGCGCUAUCGUUUCUCUUGGACAAUCCGCGGAUGACACGCAAGAAGCGCGGGCUGAUUGCGUUUGGCAUCGUCGCGGUGUUCUUCAAUGUCAUUUGGGGCGCGACUCUCAAGAUGCAGCUCAAGUACACCCACGGGCCCUUGUCCAACGGCGAGCCAACAGACUACCCUGGCGGCCUGAUUGACUUUUUGGACCACAAGCGUGCGGCGGGCCCAAUCAUCCUGUAUAUGCUUUAUGGCGUUGGCGAUGCGCUGUACCAGAAUUUUGCCUACUGGAUCAUUGGGUCGCUGACGAACGACAGCCAGAAACUGUCGCGCUAUGCUGGGUUCUACAAGGGCAUCCAGUCGUUGGGAGCGACGGUCGCUUGGCAAUUGGAUGCCAAGAACGUGUCGUACUUGAACCAGCUUAUUGGAAACUGGGUGCUGCUAGCCAUCUCUCUACCGCCAAUGUUCUACGUGGUGUAUACGCUGAAGGACCGCUCGGAGCACCAGCAAGACUUUGGAAAUGAGGAGGAAGAGGAGGACUUUGGGGCAGUGGAUAUGAGGGGUAUGAAGCAGCAGGGGUUGGAGUAGGAUCAAACAAUAACAGUAACAAUGACAACAACAGUAACAAUAACAACAACGGUAACAGUAACAGUAAUGGUAACAUCAAUAAUAAUGAGCCUUUUUUAAUCUUGAAGUUUCUAAUGA